CCUGGGAAGAUAUUUUUCGUUUCAAAAGGGGCCGAGUCUCCUCGUAGACUUCCAUAUGGAGAAAGUGAAAAUCUUGGUGAGACCAUGACCCAGUCCCAGUCCACCGUGUUAGAUAUAUACGCAAAUUACUUUGAAUAAUGACCCAUUUCUAUAUUAAUUCCUUCCCCAAAAGCUAUCUAUCUAUAUAAAAUACCCAUUUAAAUUUCGUAUAUGUGUAUCUAUCUGAAACAGAGAGUUCCAAAACAGCCAGAAAAGGAAAUUGCCAUGGAGGAGAUAAAACUUUUGAUCUUCCAUGGCUGCAGGCUGGCCAGAGAGCUGGAAGCAAAUAUGAACCAGGUGCAAGGCGAUGUGAAUAUGCUGUCCAGUUCGUGCGAGGAGAUUAUUAGGGUUUUUAGCGCCGCAAGAGAGCGGCUGAAUUCGCAAGGCUCGACGUCGUCGUAUGGCCAUGCGAGCGAGUCAGCCAUGGCGGAGCUCGAAGGCCAAGCCUCCGGAGGAGUGCAGGAAUGGCUGAGGUAUAGUUAUACGCAUACGAUGACCGGGUUGCUGGGGUUGCCGGAAAUUAGAGGGAUGGAGGAAGUGGGUGGAAGGGAUAGGGAGGCUCCGCCGCCGGAGGUGGUGGAGGGCUCCGGCAGGGUGGGCUUAGGCCAGCGGGCGCGAAGAAGGAAUGAUGACGUGGACAAUCGGAAGGUGUGGAGGGUUCCGGCGCCCAGAAUGGGCAACACCGAGAUACCACCGGAGGAUGGCUAUACGUGGAGGAAGUACGGCCAAAAGGAAAUUCUCAACUCAAGGUUUCCAAGGAGUUACUUCCGAUGCACCCACCAAAAGCUCUACCAGUGCCCCGCGAAGAAACAAGUUCAGAGACUGGACGACGAUCCCUUCACCUUCGAAGUCACCUACCGGGGAGACCAUACUUGCAUCAUGUCCUCCACCGCCCCAUCUGCUGCCCCGCCACCCCUGGAAAUCACGCCACAACAACCCGCCACAGCCAGGUCUCCGCCACAGGCGUCGCCCGCCUCAGUUCCAAUAACCAGGUGGCUCACAAUGGACAUCAACCCCCCAGCUGCUGGCGAAGGUACCAGCACUACGAGCACUACUUUCAACGUCGACCCGUACGGGGUCGCCUUCGCUCUGAGUGGCCGGACCAGCAGCACCACGGCCGUGAGUGGCGGUGCAGGUUCAUCGAGCAGCCGGUAUGGGAGCGGGGUUGAGUUUCAGCUUCCGCUGGUGGAUUUGGCCGAUGCCUUGUUUAACUCGGGGGUAGGGGGCAGCAAUAGUAUGGACAUGAUAUUCUCCUCCAUGGAAGACGAAGGGGAGCAAAGCGACAAGAAAAGUUGAUUAAUUUGGGGCCCCAACUCUUGCCUCUAGGCCUGGUCGCUAUAUUAUUGGGCAUAACACUAGCUAGCCCUAGCUGUUAUAUUUUUAUUUUUUUAACUUUGACUAGCCCAAUUUAAACAUAGAGAGAGAGAGAGAGAGAGAGAGAGAGAGAGAGAGAUUUUGGGCUAUCUGACCCAUUUUACUGGUUUUGUUCUCUGAUUCAUUGUUAUGAAAAAUUCCAAUAAAAGCCAGUU